CAGAACUGUAGUUAAUUGAGAGUGGGCAUGUAUUAACACAGCUAAUUACAGCCAUAUUUCUACUAAUUUCCGCGUGAAUGGCAGGUUACUUAAAAGACAAGGAAGCCUACCAAAGGCUGAACUUCUUAUAUCAGGCAGCUCACUGUGUUUUGUCUCAGAGCCCGGGGAAUGGGGAGCUAGCUCGUUUUUAUUGUUUUACACAGAAGACCAUUGCAAGACGUCUAGUUCUGAGACAAGAUCCAUCAGUUAAACGAACAUUAUGCAAGAAGUGCUGUGCAUUGCUCUUACCUGGAGUGACUGCUACAUUCAGACAGAGAAGAAAAAAUGGCAAGAUUCGUUUUACUGUGAUUCGAUGUCUCAGCUGUGGACAAAGCAAGACUUUGUUGAAUAAUCCGGAGUAUCGUCUCUGGGUAGACCAGCCUGAAGCCCAGCAGGAGAACCAGACACAGACAGGUCUAGGCCCCUCAACUAAAGUGCCCCAAAAGGAAGCAAAGGGUGAAGGACCCCUGCCCUCAAAAUCCAGUGUGGAUCCUUCCAAGAAGUUAACAGCAGAUUUCACCUCCUGAUCCUGAAAUAUUAACUCUGCCACCCCAAAGACAGGAGGCGGAGCUGGAGGUGGC